AUGAGUUAUGAAGCGGACCAGCAGAGACUUCAACGUCUGAUGGAAGAGUGUUUUUCUGAUGAAAAUGAUUGCGAAGCUGACGACGCAGUAGAUGAUGAAGUUGAAGACGGUCGUUUUGAAGAACGAGAAGAAAAUACCGAUACAGAGCAGGAAUUAGAAUUUGACGACGUUGAAUCUGAUCAAGAAUCGAGUGAAGAACGAAAGGUAAAUACGAGGUUGGUUUUUAUUGGCAAGGAUGGAACUAUUUGGAGAAAGCAUUGUAAGCAAAGGAAGGUUAGACGAACAAUAAAAAAUAUUGUGACUCAAUUACCAGGACCCAUUGGUCCUGUACGGUUAGUCAAAACACCACUUGAAAUUUUUCAUCACUUUUUUGAUCAGAAUGUAUUAGAUAUAAUAGUUGAAAAUACAAACAAAUAUUUAGCGACUGCAGAAGCUAACUAUUCUCGAGCGACUUAUACUCGUCCCACAAAUUUUAUAGAAAUUCAAGCAUUACUGGGCAUUCUGUUACUUAGUGGUGUCAAAAAAUCAAAUCACUUGAACGCUGAAGAUUUAUUUAAAUCGAAUGGUACUUGCCCCGAAAUAUUCAGACUUACAAUGUCGUGCCAAAGAUUUCGAAUUCUUUUGAGAUACCUGAGAUUUGAUGAUAUAGACACUCGCGCUGAGCGAAAAUCUUUGGAUAAGCUGGCUCCUAUCAGAGAAUUGUUCACGGCUGUAGUAGACAACUGUAAGAAAAAUUACAGCCUCUCUCAUAGCACAACAAUCGAUGAGAAACUAGAAGGCUUUCGGGGCCGUUGUUCCUUUCGCCAAUAUAUUCCUAGCAAGCCCAAUAAAUAUGGCAUUAAAAUUUAUGCUCUUUGCGAUGCAAAAAUGUUUUAUACGGCUAAUCUAGAAGUCUACGUUGGAGCCCAACCUGAAGGGCCAUUUUCACAAAAUAACAGUGCACUUGCAGUUGUCGAUAGACUGUGUGAACCAAUGAAAGGAAAAGGUAGAAACCUUACUACUGAUAACUUUUUUACAAGCACUGAAUUGUCUGAGCUAUUGCUGCGCCAUAAAAUUACAACUGUAGGAACAAUUAGAAAAAAUAAGCGUGCGUUGCCACGAGAAUUUGUUGAAGGAAAAAAUCGGCCGAUUGGUUCUAGUAUGUUUGGUUUUAGGGAUGAUUGUACUCUAGUAUCUUAUAUUCCCAAAAAAAAUAAAAACGUUCUUCUGAUUUCUACUAUGCAUGACGACGAUUUAGUCAAUGAGGCUACAGGAAAACCACAGAUAAUUCUUGAUUAUAACGCCACUAAAGGAGGAGUGGAUACUCACGAGCUUAUUCCGAAAAUUUACCAAGAACAAUGCGCACCAGAAUUCGGGAACUUUGCCAUCUUGAUCCUGAAGCUUCCACAUCACAAGAACCAACAGAACCAGGACGCUGUGAAUUGUGCUCUUCCAAGAAAAACAGAAAAACUCGAUUCUUCUAUUUUACACACUGUGUCUUUGUUCCAAUGUCUUCCAAGGAUUCCUUAUCCAAAUAUGGACAGAAUUUACUGUCAAUCAAAUCAUUUUAAUAAUCUAUGCCCAAGACACAUUCUUUGUCCAAAUAUCAACAGACGCACUGACCAACAAUUAGAUCGCUUGAAUGGCAAUUAA